AUGGCCUCACCAAUCGGUCGAUUGCGGCUGCCAGGCCGGAUGCUCUGUGGCCCUCUGCAGGUUCGGUGCUUUGCAGGCUCGGACAGCGACUUCCUCACGGCCAGUGCAGUGACAGAUGUUGCACGCUUGGGCGGCGCCAUCGCAGCGCGGGUUCGCCAGGCUGGCAGCACAUCAAUUCGCUGCAUCGGUCCAAAAGCUGCUUACAAGAGUAUCAAGUCCAUCGUUUGCGCCAGCGAUUUCUUGAGUCGAGAUCCAGAUGCUCCCGAAGACAGUUUUCUGGGAGUGGCAGUGUCAGAGAACAAGAAGGCACCAAGUGGGAACGCCGGGUCGGAGGCCCAGGGCAAUGAGAUGCUUCUUCGCGUGCGGCCGGUACAUCUGCCGGCGGAUGCUUUCCGGAAGAAAAUCAAAGCGGCCUCUGACAGCCAUCCGGAGCGGUCCAUGGACCUGCUCAUCGGUGCCACGACGCAGCCCGGCAAGGCGGCUGCAGCCAUGGCCGGCGCUCUGAGGCCGAUGGGAGGAAGUCAUGGCAAGUACCCGUUGAUCAGAGGCAUUGGAACCGCGGCCGUUCACCGUGCGCUGGUUUCUGCCCGACUAGCCCAAACCUACUUAGACAACGACGGUCGGGGAGUUCGAUUCCUGGUGGUGCCCAGCUUUGAGCAAGAGCCCUCAACGCAAACGGGUUCAGGAUAUCAGAACCAGCUGGUCAUGAGGCUUGUGCGAUGGAAGGGGACGGACGACGGCACGACAAAGGAAUAG